UCUUCCUCCGCCCUUCCCAUGCAGACAGGAGCCACGUCACCCCAUGCCUGCACUAGGACAGCUAAGCAGACUUGGGCAGGGUGGGACAUUCUGGGGAACAAUCCCCUACUUUGCACUGGCACACGGGAGGAAGAGGGCUGCAGGGAGAUCAGAGAGUAGGUAGAAACUGUGUCUCAUAGAACUGAGAUUAAGUACACUAGGAGAAGGAGUGAGGGGUCCAAUUCAUUCUGGAGACAAAAAUAUUACUGGAGAAAGUUUUUAUGCUAGGAAAGCAAGAGUUAACUCAGCUGCCAGGAGACAAGAACAGGGGACUUCAUACUCCCAGAGAAAGAAAGUUUAAUUGGGAGAGUUUAACUGAUCCAGGAAAGAAAAAGGAAAAGAUUCACUGUAGAGUUUUACCAGGUAGCAGAGAGACUCUCUUGGGAGAAACCAAGCGAACAACCCAACCUUCCCUGCUAUUCAAAACCACACUGAUUAGUUUGCCCCUGGGAAAUUCUUUGGAGCAAUGAAUAUAUUCCGGAUCCUGGGAGAUGUCUCCCAUUUGCUGGCAAUGAUCAUAUUACUGGUCAAGAUCUGGAGAUCCAAGUCCUGUGCUGGUAUCUCCGGGAAGAGCCAGAUCCUUUUCGCUCUUGUCUUCACGACCCGUUAUCUUGACCUGUUCACCAUCUUCAUCUCAGUCUAUAACACCGUGAUGAAGGUCAUUUUCUUGGUGUGUGCCUACAUCACAGUGUAUAUGAUCUACAUGAAGUUCCACAAAACAUUUGACAGAGAGCAUGACUCCUUUCGUCUGGAAUUCCUCUUGGUCCCUGUCACGGGCUUGUCCUUUCUGGAGAACCACAGCUUUACCCCCUUAGAGAUCCUCUGGACCUUCUCCAUCUACCUGGAAUCAGUGGCCAUCCUUCCUCAGCUCUUCAUGAUCAGUAAGACAGGAGAGGCAGAGACCAUCACGACCCACUACCUCUUCUUCCUGGGUCUCUAUCGUGCACUCUACCUUGCGAACUGGAUCUGGCGCUACCACACUGAGAACUUCUAUGACCAGAUAGCGGUGGUUUCUGGGGUGGUACAGACCAUCUUCUACUGUGAUUUCUUCUAUCUCUAUGUCACCAAAGUCCUGAAGGGAAAGAAGCUAAGUCUCCCAAUGCCAGUCUGAAAACAGUACCACAGAAGUUUCUGCAGAUGCAGUUCGAAGAUCACAGCUUUCUGCUGCUCCACAUUGACAAAAAUGGCUCCGCUAAGAAUCUCAACUCAGCACCAGGAAGAUAGUGAGACUUGAAUGGCUAAUAAGCUCUUGAUCUGCAUGGGACUUUUCCCUUAAAUAUCUGCUAGUGUUUCUGUUUAAGUGAAUUUUGUACUGGUGAAUGGUUCUGGCUAGUGACUGAAAUCCUAUUCUGAUAGAUACAGAUGUCAAAGCUUUUAUUCUCCCUUGUUUCCUCAUUUCCAAAACUGCCUCAAGCUGGACCCCUUAAGGGAUCAAUCACCUCAAGGAGUGAAGUUUUGUUUCCAUGGUUUAUUCUACUUUUUUCCAAAAAAUACAACCAGUUGUAAAACAGUUAAGGGUUUAAACAGGAACCCCAAACCACCAGUCCAUUUCAUACUAGGGAAACAGUGGCAGAUCACUUGCUAUUACUGCCAUUUGUUUGCAGUGCCCUUGCAGCCAUGUAAUUAUUCUAACAUAAGCCAAUAUAAACUAGUAAUUAAGAGGUGCAAUUCCCAAUAUCCCAGUCUAUCCCAGGUUUAAAACUGCAAAGGUUACAUUGAAGUUCCUUCAGUAUUGUAAAUACUCAAGCAUUCUGCUCUACUCAAUCCCUCAGUUUCUGAUGUUCUACUAAAUAGCGAGCAUUUUUAUUAAAAUGUUAUUUGGUUGCUGACA